AUGGCUUCUCAAAACACUUUCUCAGACUUCAAAUUGGCCAGCGAGCUGCCAGCUUGGUCCAAGUUGCAACAACUUCACGGAACUGUAGGCAAGAGUUUGUCUGUGAAGGAUGAAUUCCAAAAGGACGCCAAGCGUUUUGACAAGUACUCGAAGAUUUUCGAGAACUACGAUGGGUCGAAGAUCUUGUUUGAUUUCUCCAAGAACUUGAUCAACGACGAAAUUUUGGCCGCUUUGGUGGAUUUGGCUAAGGAGGCCAAGGUUGCCGAGUUGAGAGACGCUAUGUUGGCUGGUGAACACAUAAACUUUACAGAAGACCGUGCCGUGUACCAUGCGGCUUUGAGAAACAGGGCCAACAAGGUGAUGAAGGUGGACGGGAAGGACGUUGCGCCUGAAGUGGACGCUGUGUUGCAGCACAUGAGGGAGUUCAGCGAAGAAGUGCGCUCCGGUGCCUGGAAGGGUUACACGGGUAAGAAGAUCACCGAUGUUGUCAACAUCGGUAUCGGUGGUUCCGAUUUGGGUCCGGUCAUGGUCACCGAGGCCCUCAAACACUACGCCGGCGACAUCAAGGUGCACUUUGUGUCGAACAUCGACGGUACCCACAUUGCUGAGACUUUGAAGGUGGUCGACCCUGAGACCACUUUGUUCUUGAUUGCUUCCAAGACUUUCACCACUGCUGAGACCAUCACCAACGCCAACACCGCGAAGAGCUGGUUCUUGUCCAAGACCGGCAACGACAAGGCCAACGUCGCCAAGCACUUUGCUGCGCUAUCGACCAACGAGGAGGAAGUCGCCAAGUUUGGUAUUGACACCAAGAACAUGUUCGGUUUCGAAAACUGGGUUGGUGGUCGUUACUCCGUCUGGUCUGCCAUCGGUUUGUCCGUUGCCUUGUAUAUCGGUUACGACAACUUCGAGGCUUUCCUAAAGGGAGCUGAGGCUGUCGACAACCAUUUCGCCCAAACUCGUUUGGAAGACAACAUUCCAUUGUUGGGUGGUUUGUUGUCUGUCUGGUACAACAACUUCUACGACGCCCAAACCCACCUGGUCGCCCCAUUUGACCAAUACCUGCACAGAUUCCCAGCUUACUUGCAACAGCUUUCGAUGGAAUCCAACGGUAAGUCCGUCACCAGAGGCAACGUUUUCACCAACUACUCCACCGGUUCUAUUCUGUUUGGUGAGCCAGCUACCAACGCCCAACACUCUUUCUUCCAGUUGGUUCACCAAGGUACCAAGUUGAUCCCAGCUGAUUUCAUCUUGGCUGCUCAAUCACACAACCCAAUCGAGAACAACUUGCACCAAAAGAUGUUGGCUUCCAACUUCUUCGCUCAGGCCGAAGCCUUGAUGGUCGGCAAGGACGAGGAGCAAGUCCGCUCUGAGGGGGCUACCGGCGGAUUGGUCCCACACAAGGUCUUUUCUGGUAACAGACCAACCACUUCCAUCUUGGCCCAAAAGAUCACCCCAGCUACCUUGGGUGCUUUGAUUGCUUACUACGAGUACGUCACUUUCACCGAGGGCGCCAUCUGGAACAUCAACUCCUUCGACCAAUGGGGUGUUGAAUUGGGUAAGGUCUUGGCCAAGGUUAUCGGCAAGGAAUUGGACUCCAGCGAGAAGAUUCAAGCCCACGACGGUUCCACAAAUGGUUUGAUCAACCAAUUCAAGCAAUGGUUGUAA